ACUGAGAGGGAGAGAAGAUGAUUCACAGCAAGUUCCAAAAGGUUUUUUUUUUCCUGCAAGGAGACUGGGCAGGCACAGAGUCACCAACCCCCAAGUAUUUCAUGACUUUUCAUAGGCUUCAUGACAGAUAUGAGUGGUUUCCCAUGAAGGUGAUUGUUCAUGGGCUUCAGGCAGAAAGGAGUGACCUGUGUGGAUGAGCAGGUCUCCUCCUGCCAGCAGCGUGUCUGGGGCUGGGAAGGACAGCAGAGCUGGACAGGGACUGGGGACAAGGCCUGCAGGGACAGCACCCAGGGAAUGGCUGCCAGUGCCAGAGGGCAGGGCUGGGUGGGAUCUUGGCCAUGAGGAAUUGUUCCCUGGCAGGGUGGGCAGGCCCUGGCACAGGGUGCCCAGAGCAGCUGGGGCUGCCCCUGCAUCCCUGGCAGUGCCCAAGGCCAGGCUGGGCACUGGGGACAGUGGGAGGUGUCCCUGCCAUGGCAGGGGUGGCACUGGGGGGGAUUUGGGGUCCCUCCAUCCCAACCCAUUCUAUCAUUCCAUGAUCCCACAGCCCGAGCAGACCCCCUGGCAUUCCCUGAGACACAGCAGGAUGGGAGCAGCCCUCGCUGCUGCUGCCUUGUGGCUUCACUCCCACCUCCAUUCCCAGCCUGCUCCAAGUGCCCCCAGCACACACAUCCUGUGGGGUGCCCUCUCCCCAUGCUGCUUUUCCUGCUCCCAUUCCAUGGUGUCAGAACGUCCCUGUGGGUGCCAGCACCCCUUGGGCGGUGCCCAGUGCAGCACUGGCAGCACCCAGGUCCUGCAGGGGCUGAUAAGGGGGUGCAGGAGGGUGGGCAGCCCUGGCAGCCUUUUCCCUGCCUAUCCCCUCUUCCUGCCCGUGCCAGGCUGAGCUUGGCUUCAUUUGCCAUCAUGGUCCAGCCCCCCAGCUCUGGGGACUGGAUUUUCUGGAGAAAAGGCAAAUCCACCAUGGUGCACUGGUCAGCCGAGGAGAAGCAGCUCAUCACCAGCGUGUGGGCCAAGGUCAGCGUGGAGGAAUGCGGCGCCGAGGCCCUGGCCAGGCUGCUGAUCGUCUACCCCUGGACCCAGAGGUUCUUCUCUGACUUCGGGAACCUGUCCAGCCCCACGGCCAUCAUCGGCAACCCCAAGGUGCGUGCCCAUGGCAAGAAGGUGCUGACCUCCUUCGGGGAGGCCAUCAAGAACCUGGACAACCUCAAGGGCACCUACUCCAAGCUGUCAGAGCUGCACUGUGACAAGCUGCACGUGGACCCCGAGAACUUCAGGCUCCUCGGGGAUGUCCUUGUCAUCGUCCUGGCGUCCCACUUGGGCGGGGAUUUCAGCCCUGUGUGCCAGUGUGCCUGGCAGAAGCUCGUGGGUGUGGUGGCCCACGCUCUGGCCCACAAGUACCACUGACCACCCUGGGGAGAGCAGGAGCCUGGGCCAGCCCCAGCCCCACGGGGAGCCCCUGACCCUGAUCACCCUCCAAGAAACCCUCCAAUAAACCCAUCCAUCAGC